CACCAUGGUGGCAUACAGCAAAAAGCUGUGGCGGCGGACCCAUCGUCACUUUUAAACCCAUCAUAAUGAUUUUUUAAAGGUUGCCUUUGUACAUGUAGCCUAUACAUUUAUUAUUUAAAAAAAAUGGACAACCGGUUAUUGUCAGGAUAGAUUAGUAGUUUGCUAUUUUAUUUGAAGGCGGAUACAUUGAAUUGUGGCAAAAUCAAGAAUGCUGAAGAUACAUAUAUUUGCUUUUAGCGUCGGCUUAGAUAAAGGAACAGUUCUUCCAUAAUACAACUGUAUAGCGACACGUCUACUGGGACUUGGAUUCAGGAUUCUUCGAGCCGCACCUUAAUAGCAAGUUUUUUUGUUGUUGGGAUCAGUAGCAGCCUUUUGAUAUCGGUUUGGGGACAGAAGAAACCCCUAGGCUCACAUUGUGGCCUGGCCAUUGUGGCCUGGGACUGAUACAUUUCCGAUCUUUCGACCACUGGAGUUAUCUUAUUAGUGGAUAACAGACUGACUGUGGCUUGGUCUGUGAAUAUCCAGUCCGCGAAUAUUUGCACAUUGUCAACAUUCUAAGCAAUUUAAUUAUUUUAAAUUCGGGUCUUCAAAACAAUGGCGUCUUAUGUCGAUAACAGCUUUCGUCAAGCUGUGAUGAUGAAUCCGGCAGAAAGAACGCAACAGGACCUGGAGAUAGUCUACUCCUAUCUUCACGGGAUGGAGGCCCUUUCUAACCUCCGAGAACACCAGCUGAGGAUAAUAUGUGAGACAGUGCGCUAUGAAAGACACGAAGCCAAUGAAGUGCUCUACUACCCGGAUGACGUUGGAAGCUGCUGGUUUAUUCUACUGUCCGGGUCCGUCUUCAUCAAGGAGUCCAUGUUCCUGCCAAGAAGCAGUUUUGGAAAGCGUUCUGCAGGGAGCCUGAGACGCGGAUGCGAGUGCAUCGUUCUGGAACCUUCCGAGAUGAUUGUGGUGGACUAUAUGGACCAAAAUGAGGAGUACUUCCAGCGGCAAGCAUCGCACCGACAGUCCCGCCGGAGGUUCCGCAAGAUCAACCAGAAGGGCGAGCGGCAGACCAUCAUCGACACGGUGGACCCGUACCCCACCGGCAAGCCGCCCAUAGCCAGGGGAUACCACACGGUGAGUCACCAUCUAGCUACCUGGCUCCUCCUGUUUAGUUGGUAACUAGGCUGUUUUGUGUUGCUGGACACUCGUGGUGUACUCCUUACCUUGCCUCCGCUUGUGUCGGCUAACAUAGUCCUUGUCUAAGCUUGUUGGACGCUUACCUGUGUAGCCUACUAGUGAAUACCUUAUACCCUGGUCUGUAUAGCCUACUAGUGAAUACCUUAUACCCUGGUCUGUGUAGCCUACUAGUGAAUACCUUAUACCCUGGUCUGUGUAGCCUACUAGUGAAUACCUUAUACCCUGGUCUGUGUAGCCUACUCGUGAAUACCUUAUACCCUGGUCUGUGUAGCCUACUAGUGAAUACCUUUAUACCCUGGUCUGUGUAGUCACAGCUUACACAGUACCUGCCAUGUAUACCCUGAUCUGUGUGCACCCUUGUUUCUACUUUGCUCUGCUCUAUAGUUACGUUGUGGUCAAUGUAUCGUGUUUGCUGUAGGCUUGCUGUGCCUUGUUUCACCAUUAUAUUAUUAUUCUACCCUUCUUGGGUACCUGUACUCCGAAAUGCAUCGUUCAUGCUGUUCACCUUUUUGCUAUCCUCGCUGUAGGCUACCUUGUAUACCUUUCUCGACUC